CGAAGGUACGAUAAUUGCUUAAAAAAAACUAAGAACCUGGUAAAUGAUGGUUACGUAAACCUGAUUUGAUUGAUAUUUGAGCUUAUUGCAAGUUUUGGCGAAAAAAGUGACUAAGUGGGACGACUGUGAUUGUAUUGCAUUUGUGAAAAGGUUCAAUUUUCUCGGCAAAUUUAGCCGUGUAGAGAGACGUGUAUGUAGUGUUUAAAGUAAAUGAAAAUAUUUUCUGUUAUUUACUUUAAUCGAUAAAAGUAAUUAUAGCAGCUGAUAAACUGAAACAUGUAUCCAACUAGAAGAUAUGGAUUAUACUAUGAACCAGGUGGAUAUGCAACACAAGUGCAACAACGCUCCAACAUGACCCAACGGGAGGGAAUUCACAAGUUCGAAAAUGAACGAAUAAAAACAUUACAAGAAGAACGGUUACACAUACAAAAGAAAACAUUUACAAAAUGGAUGAACUCGUUUUUGGCCAAGGCCAAAAUGGAGGUCGAAGAUCUCUUCGUCGAUCUAGCAGACGGUAUAAAGUUACUAAAAUUAUUGGAAAUAAUAUCCGGUGAAAAGUUAGGCAAACCCAACAACGGACGAAUGCGAGUACAUAAAAUCGAAAAUGUGAACAAAAGUUUAGCAUUUUUACACACAAAGGUUCGACUUGAAUCAAUUGGUGCUGAGGAUAUUGUUGAUGGAAAUCCACGCCUAAUUCUAGGUCUAAUAUGGACAAUAAUUCUUCGUUUUCAAAUUCAGGAAAUUGAAAUCGAUGUGGAUGAAGAUAAUGAAUCAUCUGAAAAGAGAUCAGCUAAAGAUGCGUUGCUACUGUGGUGUCAGCGUAAAACGCAUGGUUAUCAAGGUGUCAACAUUACGGAUUUCACCGGUUCAUGGCGAUCUGGUUUAGGUUUCAAUGCACUGAUUCAUUCACAUCGACCGGAUUUGUUUGACUACUCAACAUUGACGCCCGGCAAGAAUAUCGAAAAUCUCAACCAUGCGUUCAAUUUGGCCAACGAUGAGCUGGGAAUAAAUCGAUUACUGGAUGCUGAAGACGUUGACACACAUCGGCCCGAUGAAAAGUCCAUUCUCACCUAUGUGGCAUCGUACUAUCACACAUUUGCACGCAUGAAAAAUGAACAGAAAAGUGGCAAGAGAAUUGCGAACAUUGUGGGCAAAUUGAUGGACGCCGAUAAACGAAAAGCCCAUUACGAACGACUAACAACAAACCUGCUGAGCUGGAUUCGACACAAAACCAAUGAGCUGCAAACUCGAGAUUUUCCAAAUUCAUUGGAAGGCAUUCAGAAGGAGUUGUUGCUGUUCAAACAAUAUCGCACGAUCGAAAAACCUCCAAAAUAUAAAGAGCGCAGUGAAAUCGAAGCGCUGUUCUUCACCAUCAAUACCCUGUUGAAGACGCUGCAUCAGCCGCAUUACAUACCACAAGAUGGCCAAUUAAUCAAUGAUAUUGAAAAGGCCUGGCAGCUUCUGGAAUAUGCCGAACAUCAUCGUGAAGUAGCUCUGCGCGAAGAAUUACUGCGACAAGAGAAGCUCGAGCAGCUGAACUAUAAAUUCGAAAAGAAGUCGGUACUGCGUGAGGGCUAUCUGAAAGAAAUGAUUCAAGUGCUGUCCGAUCCACGAUACGGAGCCAAUUUCGGACAAGUUGAUGCAACCGUCAAAAAGCAUGAAGCCAUUUCGGCCGAUAUUUUGGCUCGUGUCGAACGUUUUAAUGAUUUGACCGCAAUGGCCACCGAAUUGGAAAAGGAAAACUAUCACGGUAAGGAUCGAGUGAAGAAACGUGAAUCGGAAGUGUUGCAGAAGUGGCGACAUCUGUUGGAAUUGCUGGAUAAUCACAAGAACAAUUUAUCGCAAAUGAGCAAUCUGAUGAAUUUGUUGCGCGAAAUCGACGCUACGCUUGCAAACAUUCGUGAACUUGAAAUCCAAUUCGCUUCGGAAGAUGUGGGCCCACAUUUGUUCGGUGUUGAAGAGUUACUGCAGUCCCAUUCGCUACAAGAAUUGCAAGUUAAUUCCCUUGGCGAAACCCAGAGACGAUUUGUCCGGCAAGGACUGACUGCAAAACAUGCUGAACAUAAAGACAUUGCUGCGUUGACGAAAAAACUCGAAGAAUUGAACGUUGCUUACGAAAAAUUAUUGAAACAAUGUGCACAGCGUCGCAAUCGUUUGGAGGAAGCCCGGAAUUUCUACUUAUUCUUGGAAGACUACGACAACGAAGAGGGCUGGCUGGUCGACAAACAACGUAUCUGCAAAACUGGCAUCACUGCCAAAGAUCUUCGUGCUGUGAUGUCGUUGCAACAGAAGCAUAAAGCGCUAGACGAUGAAAUCAAAGUGAGAAAACCAAAAUCGAUGCAAAUGGCCGAAGCUGGAAAGAAAUUAGUGGCCGACAAGCAUUUGCGCUCGUUGGAAAUCAAAGCACGCAUCGAUUCGUUGCAAGAACAUUGGAAGGCUUUGGAAGAUUUAGUCGAACUACGUCGCCGUCAGCUGGAUGAUGCAGCUGAAGCGUAUCAGUUCUAUACCGAUGCAAAUGAAGCCGAUUCAUGGCUGAACGAGAAAAUGGCAUUGGUAGCGUCCGACGAUUACGGUGUCGAUGAGCCAUCCGCACAAGCAUUACUGCAGCGUCAUCGAGAUUUACAAGGAGAAUUGAACGCAUAUUCAGGGGACAUUCUCAACUUGAACCAACAGGCCGACAAACUGAUCAAGGCAGGCAUCUGUACACUAGAGCUGACUGCCGAACCGGAACCGAUUCAGGAAUUGGAACAAGAAGAAUGGGUGAACGAAACCCGAUUGGUGCCGAAGGAAGUGUGGGAAGACGAACCGGUUGAACGGUUGGAGAAGCGUAUGGUAACUGAAAACAAAUUGCUUCCACAUGUGAAGGCAUCAUACGCCUUCGAAGGUCAAGGUGUCAAAAUGGCCAAAGGAGAAGUUAUGAUUUUGCAAAGUAAAUCGAAUGCAGAUUGGUGGUCGAUACGUAAACUGGACGGUUCGGAAGGAUUUGUGCCGGCUAAUUAUGUGAAAGAGAUCGAAGCAAGACCCGUGCCGUGCCUAGUACCGAAAACCGAAAAAGUCAAAACGAUGCAGAAGGUCCGGAAAACGAUUUUAGUGCGACAAGUUGUGCCAGUGAAGCGUGUCAAGCCAGCUAAAGUAUCGCAAGUGCGACCACUAGUUAAACGUCGUGCUCCUACUGAACUCAAUGACGCCAAUGAUAGUGUGGAAAAGCGACAGAAACGCAUCAACACAACGUACGAUCAACUGCAAGAUUUUGCCCAAAAACGGCAUGCGCUCCUGGAGGAUUCGAUUUGCCUGUUCGGAUUUUAUCGCGAGUGUGACGACUUCGAGAAGUGGAUCAAAGACAAGGAGAAAAUGUUGAAAACCGAGGAGGCGAACGAGGACGUUGAAACAGCAAAACGUAAAUUUGAAAAGUUCUUGACCGACUUGUCGGCCUCAUCCAAACGCGUUGAAUCAAUCGAUUCGGCUGUGGAAGAUUUCGUACGCCAAGGUCAUUCCCAGCUGGACAAAGUCAAAGCACGACAACGUCAGAUCCAUCAAAUGUGGGAUCAUUUGAACUAUCUUAAGUCGCAAAAGGAAAAGAAUUUGGAAGGUGCCUCCAGUGUCGAAUUGUUCAAUCGAACUUGUGACGAGGCAGUCGACUGGAUGAGGGAAAAGAUGACACAAUUGGAUAUCGCCGAAGUUGGACCAGAUCUAAAAACGGUACAGGCAUUGCAGCGACGUCACCAACAUUUGGAACGUGAAUUGGCUCCGGUUGAAGAGAAAGUCAAUCGCGUGAAUCUUCUAGGGAACAGCGUCAAAAAUUCGUAUCCAACCGAAAGGGGCAACGUUACCGGUCGUCAGAAAGAGAUCCAGGAUAUGUGGAAACAAACACAAGCCAAAGCAUUGGAACGACGUUCUCGACUCGAAAAUGCGGUUGGCCAGCAAAUCUUCAUCAACAGUUCGAAGAAUCUGUUAGCCUGGAUCGAUUCCGUUAAAGAACAACUGAAUGCCGAUGAAACGGCACGCGAUGUCGAGACAGCCGAGAAUCUAUUGAAAAAGCACAAUGAACUCGGAGACGAGAUACGUGGCCAAGAUAAUGAAUUCAAGGAGCUAAUUGCCUUGGGUAAUCAAUUGACCGAACGCAAUCCAAGUUUGACCGACGUGCCGGAGAUAGUGCAACGAUUAAAGGCCGAACAAGAUGCCGUUCAACGUGGAUGGAAUGAAAAACAAAAAUGGCUUCAACAAUGCGUUGAGCUUCAAAUAUUCAACCGGGAAGCGGAUAAGAUCGAUGCUACCACCAAAGGACACGAGGCAUUCUUGGAGUACACAGAUUUGGGUCGUUCGCUUGAUGAAGUGGAAUCGAUUAUGAAACGACACGCAGACUUUGAGAAUACGCUUGGUGCUCAGGACAAAGUUUUGCGCUCAUUUUCCGAUCAUGCGGACAAAUUAAUCGCCAACAAGCAUUACGACUCGCCCUACAUCGAUAAACGUCGUACCGAGGUGAUUGCUCGACGAAAUGCUGUCAAAAAUCUAGCUAUGGCCCGUCGUCACGCCCUACAACAAUCCAAAGAUUAUCAGAAAUUCCGUGCUGAGGCCGGCGAUCUGAACACAUGGUUGGACGACAAGAUGAAAAUUGCUGGAGACGAAAAUUACAGAGACCUGACCAAUCUGCCCAGGAAAUUGCAAAAGCACAAAGCUUUCGAACGAGAGCUACGAGCCAAUGAGGGACAACUCCGGAAUAUCAACAAAGAUGCUGACGCAUUGCUGGCAGCCAACAAUCGCGUUCCAGAAGUGCAAAAACGAACAGGCGAGUUAAAUUCGAAGUGGAAGAAUUUGCUGGCAUUGUCACAGGACAAAGGACGGCGAUUAGAGCAGGCUGUCUCGCAACGGGAUCAUAACCGUUGCAUUGAAGACGCAAAGAAGAAAUUGAAUGAAUUGGACGCGUCGUUGCAAAGUAAAGAAGUCGGUCAGGAACUGCGAAGUUGCAAGAAUUUACUGAACCGUCACCAACAGCUGGAAGCCGAAAUCACUUUGUGGGAACAAAAAAUCUCUGAGCUGGUAACGUCUGGAGAAGAGAUGGCUCACGAAGGUCAUUUCGAUUCCAAAAAUAUCAAGGACGAAACGAAGGAGAUACAAAAUCAAUUCAAAAACCUGAAGGGGCCAGUCGAUCGCCGACGUGCCGCUUUGGAGGAGAGUUUGCGAUUCCACAAUUUCGUUUUCGAAUUGGACGCUGAAAUGCAAUGGAUCACCGAACAUUUGCCAGCCGCUAGCUCGGAUGUUAUGGGACAGAAUUUGCAUCAGGCGCAAAGUCUCUACAAAAAACACAAAAAAUUGCAAACUGAGAUCAGUGGCCAUCAGCCAAUGAUAACCAGGGCACUAUCAUCCGCACAGGCACUUGUCGAUCAACAUCAUCCCGAGAAGAAGAAGGUGAAAGAGCUCUGCAAAGGAUUAGAAGCAGCUUGGGCCGAUCUGGAAGACAAAGCCACCGAUCGUGCGAAGAAACUCGAACUGUCAUUAAAAGCGCAACAAUAUCUCUCCGAAGCUGGUGAAAUUGAAACGUGGCUGGGCGAACGAAACAAUGUUCUGAAAUCAACGGAUUACGGUCGUGACCGAGACUCCGCCACAAAACUGCUCACCAAACACAAAACCAUCGAAUUGGAAUUGGACACCUACUCGGGCAUCAUAUCCGAAAUGGGACACACGGCUGCGCAAAUGGUGUCACAUCAACAUCCCGACAGCAAGCUGAUCGCAUCGAAGCAACAAUUGAUCGAGAAAAUGUUCAAAUCGUUGCAACGCCUUGCCGGCCAGCGACAAAUGCGUUUGAUGGAAAGCAUGUACCGUCACGAAUAUUUCCUGGAGUCCACCGAACUGGAGCAAUGGAUCAGAGAGCAGGAACAAGCCGCAUCGUCGGAGGACUAUGGUCAAGAUUACGAACAUUUGUUGCUGCUGCAGAACAAAUUCGACGAUCUGAAACACCGUGUCGAAGUGGGAGCCGAACGUUUCAAUCAAUGCAACGAAUUUGCUAAGAAAUUGCUGGCCACUGAUACGUCAUACGUGGCAGACAUUGAAAAGAGUCAAGAUCAACUUGGUUCAAGCGGAUCUGAGGCAUUGGCUGAUGUUAUUAAUAAACACGAGGAGAUACGAACUUCCUGGCAAAAUCUGUUGAAGCUGUUGUCACAACGCGAACAAAAACUCCAUGGUGCUGGUGAAAUUCAUCGUUUCCAUCGCGAUGUGGCCGAAGCUCUGUUCCGCAUUCAAGACAAAAACGCUGCAUUGUCGAAUGAGUUGGGUCGCGAUUUGAAUUCGGCUCUGGCAUUGCUACGGAAGCACGAAGGUUUCGAAAAUGAUUUGGUCGCAUUGGAAGCUCAAUUGCAAGUUUUGGUCGAAGAUUCUGUUCGACUACAAGCGAAGUAUCCGUCGAAUGCGGUCGCUAUCGUCCAUCAACAAGAUAAUGUUGUCAGUGCAUGGAAUGAAUUGAAAGAAAAAUCGGCAGCUCGCAGUGAUCAAUUAGCUGCAAGUUGUGAUCUUCAGCACUUGCUCACUCAAGUUCGUGAUUUAAUGUCUUGGGCUUCCAAUUUGCGUGCAACACUACAGGCCGAAGAACAUGUCCGUGAUGCAGCUGGUGCAACCGCAUUAAAAUUGCAACACGACGCCAUUUACAAUGAAAUCGAAGCUCGAGAAGAGAAAUUCCGUAUGCUGAACGAAUUGAGCGAUUCUUAUGUUCAAACCGGUCAUUAUGCAUCUGCUGAAGUUGAGGAACGUUGUGCUGCACUGUUGGAUGAACGACAACGAUUGCACACCGCAUGGAAUAAGAAAAAAGUUCUUCUCGAACAGAAAAUCGAUUUAUUCUGCUUCCUGCGUGAUGCCAAGCAAAUCGACAAUUCAUCCAGUUCGCAAGAAGCCGCACUAUCCAGCUCCGAUUUCGGACAAACAGUUGAAGUUGUUCAAGAUCAGAUUAAACGACACGAUGCUUUCGAGAAGUUGAUUCAGACACAAGACGAAAAGGUGGCAUUGCUGCAGGAACAUGGUCGAAAAUUGGUGGAGCAAAAUCACUACGACAGCAAACACAUCAACCGACGGCAAGAGGAAGUUAUUCAGAAACGGAUGAGAGUGAAACAAUUGUGUGCGCUGCGACGUCAGAAAUUGGACGAUGCAUUGCUCUACGCACAGUUUGUUCGCGAUUGUAACGAAGCUGAAUCGUGGAUAUCAGAGAAGCAUAAGAAAUUGGAGGCGGACGCUAACAAUUACUCCGAACUCAGUGGUUUGGAAGACAAAAUCAAACAACUCCAGAAACAUCAAGCAUUACAAGCCGAGGUUGCCGCCAAUGAGAUUCGAAUCAAGGAGAUUAAGAAAACGGGUGAAAUUCUCAUCGGAAAGAAUCACGAAAGCAAAGUGGAAAUUAAAGAUGCCGUCGAAAAGGUGCUGAAAGCCUGGUUCGACCUGCUGAACGAAUUGGAUCAGCGUGGCCGUGGAUUGGAAGAAGCUCAAGAUAUUUUAGAGUUCAACAAUCAUCUGGAUAAGAUCGAGGCCUGGAUCCGGGACAAGGAAAUGAUGGUGCAAGCUGGUGACACGGGCAGAGAUUUGGAACAUUGUAAUGCUCUGCGUAGGAAAUUGGAUGACGUCGAUUCCGACAUGCGUGUGGACGAUCAGCGUAUCAAAAAUAUUAAUGUCUUGGCUGACAAGCUGCUGAAUCAAGGUCAGGUACCCAAUGAAAUGAAAACCGUACAGCAACGGAGGAAUAACUUCAAUGCCAAAUGGAAGGCUCUACAGGGAGCACUCAACGCUUAUCGUUCAUUAUUGGCUGGUGCCUAUGAAAUUCACGUAUUCAAUCGAGACAUCAACGACACACUCGAACGUAUUGCUGAAAAGAGUCUGGCGAUGAGUACCGAUGACACAGGUCGUGACCUGGGUGCCGUGGAAAGUUUGAUACGUAAACAGGAGACUCUUGAACGCGACAUGACGGCCAUCGAACAAAAAAUUGUGGAUGACGAAAAGUCGGCCAAUAAGCUCAAGGCCAAGUAUCCGAAACGAGUGGACGACAUUGACGGUAAACUGGAAGAAGUGAAGAAAGCUUGGCAAAAUCUGCUGGAGCUCAGCGUUGUGCGUAAAGGUAUUCUGACCGAUGCGUAUGCCGUCCAAAAAUUUGCUACCGACGUAAAGGAAAUGGAACUGUGGGUCAACGACAUCAUCAAGAAAAUGAACUCCGCUCCGAAUCCAUCAACAAUUACCGAAUCCGAAUCGCAAUUGGAAUUGCAUCAAGAACGGAAAGCUGAAAUCGAUGGUCGUGACGAUGCAUUCAGGUCGUUGCGUAAGCAUGGCGAAGGUCUAGUUGCUGCGAACGAAGCUAAAUUCCAUGAGGCAGCCGUUAAAAAGGCGUUGCAAACAUUGGAAGAAUUGCACGAAAGUUUACGACGUGCGUGGCUCCGUAAGGAGCAACAGCUUCGUGAAGCUCAUCAAUUGCAACAGUUCAAGGCCCAAACUGAUCAAAUUGACGUUUGGUUGGCAAACAAAGAAGCCUUCCUGAAUAAUGAUGACCUGGGGGACAGUUAUACUGGAGUGGAGACGCUGAUCAAGAAACAUGAAGCCUUCGAAAAAUUGCUCGUUUCGCACAACAUCGAAAAAUUGGAGCAAUCUGCUGCCGACAUCUUGAACAAAGACAUGAAUGAUUCCAGCAAAGCAAUUCCGUCGUCUAAGGAUGCCGUGCAGAAACGGUACGAAGAUGUCCUGUCUCGUAAUGUACGACUUUUGAAUGCGUCCGAAGCCCGGAAGGCAAAACUGCAAGAAUCGUUCCAAUUACAACAAUUCCUGCGCAAUUUGUACGAAGUGGAACGUUGGCUGAAUCAGAAAAUGCAAACCGCCCUGGACGACAAUUACCGUGAUCCGACCAAUUUGCAAAGUAAAAUUCAAAAGCAUGCGGCAUUCGAUGCCGAAUUGAAUGCAAACACGAACCGCAUCGAGCUGGUCAUAGCUGAGGGUGAAGCCUUAAGUGAUUCGAAACAUUUUGCCGCUAAGGAGAUUAUCACACAGUUGGAGAUGCUCGAAUCGGAUUGGCAAAAGUUGCAAGAAGCGUCAAGGGAAAAGAAAGAUCGCUUGGAACAGGCGUACGAGGCGUUGCAAUUCGGUAGAAGCUUAGACGAAUUCAACACAUGGAUGGAUGAGAUCGAAUCGCAUUUGUCAUCCGAAGAUUACGGAAAGGACCUGGCGUCCGUCAACAAUCUGCUGAAGAAACACGAAAUGCUAGAAGCCGAUGUCACCCAUCAUUCGGACACUUGCGAUCAAAUUACCGAGACCGACAAAAAGUUCUUCAAUUCAAAUCAUUUCCUCAAAGACGAAAUCCACGAAAAGGCUAUGAACGCCGUGAAACGAUAUAAUUCCCUGCACGAACCAACAACCAUACGCCGCGACAAUUUGGACGAUUCACUGCUGCUACAUCAAUUCUUACGCGAUGCUGAGGACGAACUGCAAUGGUUAAAUGAGAAAGAACCACAGGCUGCAUCCAAAGAGCUGGGUACGAGUUUAACGUCGGUUCAAAGUUUGCAGAAGAAGCAUCAAGCACUGGAAGCGGAGAUUCUUUCACAAGAACCGCUAAUUUCGUCCUUACUGCAACGUGGUGCACAAAUGGUCCGUGACGGUCACUUCGCCAGCGAUCAGAUUGACGCUCAGUCGAAUUUGUUGCAAAAGAAAUUGGUGAACUUGCGUGAUCUGGCUAGCAUUCGACGAUUGCGAUUGUUGGAUGCGGUGGAAAGUCAAAUGUUUUACGUCGAAGGCAAUGAAGCUGAGACGUGGAUGAGGGAAAAACGACCGACCUUGGCAUCGACUGACUAUGGCAAAGACGAGGAUUCAGUACAGUCGCUGCAAAAGAAAUUGGAUGCAUUGGAGCGCGAACUGACCGCCUUCAACGGAUCGGUAAACAAAGUUGAAAAGCUGGCCAGCGGACUGAUCGAACGCAACCAUUUCGAUAGCAAAAACAUAAAACACAAAAACGAGUCCGUUCAAGCCCAUUACAUCGAAUUGAAAACGUUGCUGAAACAGCGUGAGCUUCACUUGAUCGAAAGCGGAAAACUUUACGAAUUCCUUCGAGAAAUCGAAGAGGUCCAUGAAUGGAUCGCCGAUCAAAUGGCAGUGACUGCAUCGGAGGAAUACGGUGAAGAUGUUGAGCACGUCGAACAGUUGAUAGCCACCUUCGAUUCGUUUAUUUCGAACCUCGGGGCCAAUGAGCAGAGAGUUUUCUCGACCGUUACCAAAGGCGAACAAUUGGUUACCGACAAUAGUCCGUACCGUGACAUCAUUCGGAAGAAGGUCGAUGACACCAAAUUGAUGUGGGAUGAACUGAAGGAUUUGGUUAAUGCACGUCAAGAGGCGUUGGCCGGUGCUAAACAGGUGCAUGUGUACGAUCGGCGAGCUGAUGAAACAAUUACUUGGAUCGGUGAGAAGGAAGCCUCGCUUAUGUCCGAGGAUUAUGGCCAAGAUUUGGAAACGAUUCAAGCGUUGGUACGUAAGCACGAAGUGUUCGACACAGAAUUGGCUCCAGUCAAAGAGCAAGUGGAGUCAGUAAUUGGUGAGGCAAGGAAAUUGGCUGAAACAUUCCCAGACGCAAAGGAACACAUCGAAGUCAAGCGCGACGAAACCAUUGAAGCGUGGUCGGAUUUGAUGGACAAAAAUGUUGCGCGAAAGGACAAACUUAAACAGGCCGAGCAAUUGCAGGCUUACUUCGACGAGUAUCGCGAUCUAAUGGCCUGGAUCAACGAAAUGGUCGCUAAAGUCACUGCACCUGAACUGGCGAAAGACGUUGCCGGUGCUGAGGCAUUACUAGCACGUGUCAAAGACCAUCGCGUCGAAAUCGAAUCGAGGAACGAGGCAUUCGACCAUUUCUAUCGCGACGGAAAGAAGUUGAUCGGUGACAAGCAUUUCCUGGCGCAUGAAGUGCAGGAGAAGAUUUUGGUACUGCAACAACGUAAGCAUUUGUUGGACCACACACUGGAGAAGAGACGAGAGAUAUACGAAUUGAAUUUGGACACGCAGAUGUUCUUGCGUGAAGCGGAAAUACUAGAAAGUUGGAUUGUCAGCCGUGAGCCGCAGUUGAAGGAUGCCAAACUCGGUGAUUCCAUUGCUCAAACGGAGGAUCUAAUUCGUAGACACGAGGAUUUCGAAAAAACGGUUGCGGCUCAAGAGGAUAAGUUCCAAGCGCUGAAGAGAAUCACAAUGCUGGAACAAGCAUUUAGGAAGCAGAGAGAGGACGAACUAACGGCGAAACGAGCGGAGAAGGAGCGUAUUGAAAAGGAGAGACUCGAGGCGCUGAAACAGAAGGAAGUUCAACGAAUUACCGAAGAGCGACGUCGCAAUGAGAAACCCAUUGACAUCGUGAACGGUGUUUCCGAAAAGCCUCCAAUAUUUUCGUCGCCAAUGGUCAAAACCAAUAAUUCCCAGCAACAGACACCACAAAACAAUUCAUACACCACACAACCGGAACAGGUUGGCAUCACCGUACAAAAGUCCAAUUCCGUGGCCAACAUAUUCGGUGAUCGUUUGCGACGAUCAUCCGAUCCGAGCAAAGUAAAACGGGCCGAAAGUAUGAAAAUCGUGCCGAAAACACCGAAACGUACACCAUCGUUCACCACCCGUCGUCGUGCGCAAAGUUUCCGUAAGAAUCAGACCGCCGGCGAUUUCGAUUUACCUCCAGUCGAGAUACAAGGAAUGCUUGAGCGUAAGCAUGAAUUGCAAUCCGGUGGCAAACGGGCGCCGGUUCGAUCAUGGAAACCAUUCCACACGGUGCUGUGCGGGCAAUUAUUGUGCUUCUUCAAGGACGAAGAUGACUUCUUCCAGAAGAAGGCCGCCACCGCUCCGGUCAACAUUCUGAAUGCCAACUGUGAGAAGGCCGAGAACUACACGAAAAAGAAAAACGUUUUCCGAUUGAAGUUGCCCGAUGGAUCGGAGUUUCUGUUUUUGGCCGCUUCCAAAGAAGACAUGAUCGAUUGGGUGAACAAAAUUUCCUUCCAUGCAGCCCUACCGCCAAAUCUACAGUUGCUCAGCUACGACGAGUCGAUUAAGCAAUCCACCAACUCACCCGAAUCCAAAGGCAACAAUCACGAUCACAUGGAAACAUCGCCAAUUAGUUCGCGAACAUCAUCACCAGAUUCGCAACGACGAAGUUCACGACACGAUUCGAUAGGCAGCAGUAUGUCCGGUGGCAGUACAACACCGCAAAUAAAUUUUCUUCAAAAGCAAAAGGAACUGAGGGAGCAAUUACAUCAACAACAUCAAACAUCACCUCAUUCGGCAACGUCAUCCUCAUCGUCGCCACAAUCACCUCAACCGCAAUAUUACAGUCCAGAUAAGCCGCCAAUACCACCACGGGGUUAUCCGCCACCAGUUCCACAACGUCAGUCCAGCAACGACAAUAUGAAUGUCACGUUACGGAACCGAAAUCACAGUGGAAGUGAUUCCGGUGGUGAUGCAAACAGCAAUUAUGGAAAUGUGACGCGUCCGUAUUCAAUGCAACCAUCACCCAGUCAACCGAUUCACGAUGUUCAAAAUGGUGCGUCCGACGACAAUUGGCGAAGUCAUGGUGAAGGUCGCGUGGAGAGACCUCCACCGCUACCAACGACACUGCCGCCAUUGGGCCAACAGCAAAUCAAAGUGACAUCGUCAUCGUAUCAGACGACCAACAGCUACAAAGACCAUCAUCAUCAUCCCGGCACGAUGAAUCUGAAUUCGAACACGUUCCGCGGCCAUCACCAGCAAUCGAGUCCGGUGCGAUCGACAACCACAUGGCAUCAACAUUAUACCAGCGGUGGUAGUAAUAGUCCACAGUCUUACAGUCACAAUUUCAUCAAUCACGAACGAUCGGCUAACGUGGCUGCAGCUGUUGCCGGUUGGGGACAGGAUCGAUUCAAUGUAACACCAAAUCGACCCGUUUCAAUGCCAGUAGAUCCAUCGUCAGCCGGCCGCGUGUCGGCGGAAAGCAGUAGUGAAAGUGAAGCGCAUUCGGUGUCGUCGGUUAGCGGUAAAAGUGGCAGCAAAGACAAAGAUAAGAAGAGUGGAAUGUUUCGGUUUUUGAAAUCGAAGAAAAAUGGCAAGUAAAAAGUGGGUGGAACGGAAUGACUUUCCGUUCCUCUUUCUUCUUUUUUACAGAAAAAUUAUUUUUUACAAAAUAUUUUGAUUCUUCAAUUAUUGGUUGGGAAGAAAUGUAUUUAGACUUAGGGACCAAGUAGAGCAUUUAAUUUAUGGCAAUCGAAGUCAGAGGCAGAAUUUUGUCUAAAAAAAACAAUUUUGUCAUCAAAACGAAAUUCAAUUUUAUUACCAACGUGUUGUAUGUGUUGAACAUUUUGAUAAUUUUAGUCAUUAAAGACAGUUGCCAAAUUUUUGUUCUAUUGGAUUUUUGUUUUAUCCAGAAAAUAAUUCUACAAAUUUUAAGCGUAAGAAAAUCAGUAAAAAGAAAAUAUUGCGAGCGAGUGAUGUAAAAAUUAGAUAGGAAUUUUGUUAAUCCAAUGAAUCCGAUAGAAGUUAAUAAAGUUUUACACGAACAACAGAACCGUUGUUCAGAUUUGUCGGAGAAAUUUAUGGAAAUAUGACGGUGUCGUCAUUUCAAUUUCUCUGAUUUCUCUGAUAAGAGAGAACUUUUAUUAAAGGAAACGAAACGUUUUUCAGUUUUGUUUUUCCUGUUUCCUUCUUCAGUUUCAUUUUUGUUUUAAGCAUAACCCUUUUUUUGUAACUUAAUUGCCUUGUGUACUUCAGAACCGAUGAUACAAAUUUUAUAAAAUUAAAAAAAAAAUUAUGAAAAUUAACAAUCGAAAGAUAAAAAUGUUUUUUCGUCAGUAAGGAAAUUAUGUAAUAUGUAAGAUGAUGAUUAUUUCAUAAUAAUAUAUUUAUCAUAGAGAAAUUAUGA